AUGUCUCAAGAAAAGUUAAAUGUUACGACGUUAAGGUUAUCCCUCCAACAAUUUACAAGCUUAGACUACUUUCUUUUUAUUAUUAUGCUUAGCGUUUGUGGUGGUAUCGGAAUUUAUUUCGGAUUUGUAAAGAAACAGAAUUCUGCACAAGAUUAUCUCAUGGGUGGAAGAAAUUUGAAAUUAGUGCCUGUUUGUUUUUCGCUGGUAGCCAGUUUCAUUUCUGGCAUAUCGCUUUUGGGCACGCCGACAGAGAUGUAUCUAUAUGGGACGUCAUACGUUUUUUCUUUAAUCGGCGCUUUUAUGAUGUCUAUCAUAAUUUCUUAUACUUUUCUGCCAGUAUUUCACGAACUACAGUUAACUUCGGCUUAUGAGUAUUUGGAAUUACGCUACGACAAAAGGGUGCGAGUUUUUGGUUCCGUACUAUUUUGUGUUUAUUUGAUGGCUUGGUUACCUAUUGUCAUUUAUGUCCCAGCUCUGGCUUUCAAUCAAGUGACCGGAAUUAACAUCCAUAUUGCAUCCCCCAUUGUAUGUUGUGUUUGCAUAUUUUAUACCUCAUUGGGAGGGCUUAAAGCAGUCGUGUGGACAGACGUCCUCCAAACCGUAGUCAUGAUGGGAGCGAUGAUUUUAGUAAUCAUUAAAGGCUCUUUUAUGGUCGGUGGGGUCCAAGAAGUUUUAACUAGAAAUUGGCAUACUGAACGGAUUGAAUUUCCUGCGCUUAGUUUGGAUUUAACAGAGAGACAUUCGAUAUGGUCAGUUUCCAUUGGUUCAACUUUCUAUUGGAUAGGAAAUAUUGCUGUAAAUCAAUCGAUGAUGCAAAGGUUUCUGUCACUACGUGAGUUAAAAUCUUCUAAAAGAGCAGUAUGGGGUUUUCUUGGCGGAGUGGUUAUCAUAGUGUUCAUCUGCGGAUACAGCGGUCUGGUUGCGUUUGCGAAGUAUCAUGAUUGUGACCCACUGGACUCCAAGUUGGCUUUAGCUAAAGAUCAGUUAUUACCGUUGCUCGUCAUGGAUGUUAUGGCUGAAUGGAAUGGGAUGCCUGGGAUAUUUGUUGCUGGUGUUUUCAGUGCAGCCUUAAGUUCUUUAUCUACGGGACUGAAUUCCAUGGCCGCAGUGGUUCUAGAAGAUUUUUGGAAGCCAUUUUUCAAAAAAUUGACACCAAUGCAAACACAAAUUUUGGUUCGUUCUGUUGUGGUUAUAUUCGGAGUUAUUUGUGUAGGGCUGGUGUUCGUAGUGGAAAAAUUAGGAUCAGUUUUGCAAUUAACAAUGAGCCUCUCAUCCGCAUCCAUGGGACCACUGGCUGGAAUAUUCCUUAUGGGACUAUUUCUACCAUUUAUUGAUGCAACGAGUGCAUUAAGCGGCGGUUUAAUUGGUCUUAUGUCAGCUUGGUGGGUUGUAGCUCAGUCGCAAUUGGCUCAGGCCAAAGGAUUACUAACGUUUGUAGAGAAAGAAAGGUUUACCCACAACUGCACGUAUGCAUUUGACCAUCCUGUGAACACCGUGGAUCUUUAUGAGAGCGACGUCACUUACUUGUAUAGAAUCUCGUACUUGUGGUUCACAGCGUUUGGUUGUACUAUAACUGUGAUAGUGGCAUGUUUGGUUAGCUUGAGAGAUUCUGCUAAAUUUAACGACGAUAGACGGCUAUUUGCUCCAGUACUAAGGAAGUGGAUUACAGAAAAAGAAAGGGUGCAGCAAAUGGAUUUAAAAAUUAUACCAAUUUAAUUUUUAAUAUACAAUAUUAUGAUAGUUAUUAAAGAAACUGGGAAAAUUCGUGUGAAUGAAAUUUUACUUAGUGGAGCCAAAAAGUCUUUCUAAUUAUUUUUUAUAAAUCAGUCUUCUCCCUUGCACUUAUACAUCGUAAAACCUUAUUCCUCAUGAUAAACUUGCUGUGUCCACUCUGAACAUGCCAGUCCUGCAAAAAAUAAAUAUUAUUCGUACACAAUACUUCCUCAUAAUGCAAAGCAAUUUUAUACCGUUUUGUUCGACUCAACUGUACUGAAAUCCAUACACUUUACUUUAGUAUGAUUUCAACAUGGACAACGUGCGGUUAUGUAUGGAGUGGCACUCCUAAUAUAAGAACUCGAGUCUAAGUGUAAACCUGGAUGUGUAUAAAAAAUAUUAGUCAAAUAUCAUGUUUUCGAUAUUUGUAUCGUUGGCAAUAUUAUCGGUAGAAAUAUUUUACAAAAACCUCGCCCAAAUUAUAGGCUCAUAAAAUGCAUGCUAAAUUAUAAAAAAAAUAAGACCAAA